ACAAUUCGAAAUCAGAAUACAGUAGUUUGUAGAAGUUACUGAAGAGGACGUGUUUCCACGUGAUUGUCAACCAACAACAAUGAGUUCGUCUGUCAGUCGUCGUACAAUCUUGAAAAUAUCAACGGGUGCAUUAGUAUGCGACGAAAGUAUUUUAAAAGGAGACAUCACUAUUGGUCCAAAGACGGUGGUACAUCCUAGAGCAAGUAUUAUUGCGGAAGCUGGACCAAUUAUAAUAGGAGAGGGGAAUAUUAUUGAAGAAAUGGCAACGAUAACGAACAAAUUACCACCGGGCGAACCCGAACCGGCAACAAUUCCAGUCCAAAUAAUAGGUAGCUUCAAUGUAUUUGAAACCGAUUGUAUUUGCGAAGCUUAUAAAAUUGGAGAUAACAACAUAUUGGAGAGCAAAGCUUACGUUGGUCGUCAAGUUGAGUUGACCAAUGGUUGCGUUGUCGGAGCAGCCUGUGCGUUAACCGAACCUGAAACGAUCCCAGAAAACACUGUAAUAUAUGGAAGCGAUUAUCACCGUAGGGAAAUGUAUGAUAAACCGUAUCCACAAGUAGGUCAACUUGAAUUUUUAUUAAAAGUUCUGCCUAAUUACCAUCAUCUUAGAAAGCCAAAUGUGAAACCCGCAAAAGGUGAAGGAGAUACAUAAUGUUAUUACAGCAUUGUUAAUUACAAAAAUUGCAUCGUGUUUGCAAGUUAUAAAUACAAUUUUUAUUAGCUAGCACAAAUAUACAUAGAUUCAAUAAUUUCAAAAAUUAUUUGUAAAUUUUUUAUUUAUUUUCUAUUGUUAUAUUUACAUUGUGAACAUUAUAUUAUUUAAUAAAUUUGAAACAGCAGUAAUUAGUAAGAUUAUUUUGUAAGAUUAUUAUGUAAGAUUUAUUAAUACUCACAGAAUGGAUAUUAAUACAAUCCAGGGUACACAACUUCACUACUACACACAUACAUAAAAGUUUAUUAAACCAGGACUUAAAAACA